UCCUUUCUCUCUUUUUGUUGGAAAAUGGGACUUAGGGCCGUUGGAUUUUGCCAUUGAUAUAUAUCACCCCCGUCCUUACAUAUAUAUUCCAGCAAUCAUGCAUGCAUGGCUAGCACAACAAAUUCAUAUAUUGCUUCUCUCUCUUUGAGAGAUUGCAAUCACAACAAAUUCACGAUCAGCAGCCACGUACAGGGCCGGGUCAUCAUUUGGACUUGAGAAAUGGAAGGAAUUAUUGUUAGGUUGCUUUGUUUGGUAAUGGUGGUGCAGAUAUUGAGUUGGGUUUGUGUCACAAGUAGCAGUAGACCUCUUGAACCAUUAUUACCAAGUGCAGGCCAGACAAGUCCAGGGUCUUCCAAAGCAAUUUUCACCAGCCCAAAACAUCAGGGUUCCAAAAGGCCGGAAAGAGUGACAGAAAGGAGUGGAUCAACAUCGUCGUCGUCGUCACCAUCAUUUUCUUAUGAAUUAGUUGGGAAGAGGAUGAUGGGUUCAAGCCCACCAAACUGCGAGGACAAGUGCUUUGGAUGCACGCCAUGUGAAGCCAUCCAAGUGCCUGCCACCGCCACCGGGUGGGGCGUGCAGUACGCAAAUUAUGAGCCGGAGGGUUGGAAAUGCAAGUGUGGCCACUCCAUUUAUACUCCAUAAAACCUUUGUUCCAAGCAACAACUCGAUCGCCGAUCCCCUGAUUUUCUCUCCUUAUUUAAUUACUCUCGAUGCUUGUGGAUCUCGGGAUUUCGUUCCUUUUUUCCAACAUGUUUUUCUGGUUGCUUGCUUUGUGUAAAUUAAGUAGUAGAGUAUAUGAAAUUGUUAUUACACUUUGUUUUAGCGUCGUUAAUCAUUUAUAUGUCGAAUUUGGUUUCUUGAAUUUACGUUGAAAUAAUUUGUGUAUUUGUUUGUUUAGUCCAAACACAG